UUCACUUUUCUGCUAUUGUACGCGUUUCCUGUAGUAAAUGCAAUUAAAUAACUUUGCUAGUCCAAAUAUAUGGAAUCAGGAAAAGCAGCUUCAAUAGGUUUAGUUGCCUCAAAAGCAACGCACGUCAAAAAUAAAUACGCGCAAUAAGGAAGUGGAACGCUUAGUUUUGUUAACUCCAACGCUUUGUAAAGUGCAUUUAAUUGGUCGCCGCUGCGCUGCUCGCUGCCAUUUCUCUGCUGCAGUUCAAAGUGUUGGUGCUCUUUUUUUGUUUACCCCAUUGACGUGCAAUCUAGAGAAAUUAACAACAGAAAAUAGCAGUUUUCCAACAAAAAACAAAUUUAAUAAGGGCACUGGCAGCUUAUAAAAAUUAAUAACGCACUUCCCGACAAUAAAUUGCUUUGAUAAACAUAUUUGCAUACACGCAAAUAAACUUAUUACUGGAAUACAUUGUGGCACGAAAAUGUCUACUAACAAAGAUAGUCCCAGUCGUGACUCCAUGACGUCCUCUUCAGCACCCAUAUCUCUAAUGGCCGAUGGAGAUUCCAUUACGCGUGACUACAGCUUGGGCAGCCUUACAUCUGCAGUAAGUCAAGAUGAAUAUUUCCGAUGCCGUGAUCAUGCGGAAAGCGUAUUAAAACGUUUGCAGUUGUACUUGGAUAGCCAGCAGCUUUGCGAUGUAGUCCUAAUAGCUGGAAUUGACGGCAAGAGAGUGUCUGCCCAUCGUGUAGUAUUAUCAGCAUCGAGCGCCUACUUUGCAGCCAUGUUCACCGGUUCAUUGCGUGAAACCAAAGAGCAGGAAGUCACGCUUGGCGAAGUACAUGGCGAUGCAUUGCAAAUACUAAUACAAUACUGUUAUACGGGAUACAUUGAAUUGCGCGAAGAUACUGUAGAAACGCUUUUAGCCACUGCCUGCUUGCUACAGUUGAACGCUGUAGUUACUGCCUGCUGCAAUUUUCUCGCCCGCCAACUACAUCCAUCAAACUGCCUAGGUUUUGCCUUUUUUGCCGAAAGGCAGAGCUGCACAACCCUACUGCGUCUAGCCAAAUCCUACACAUGCCAGCAUUUCAUGCAGGUAUGUAAAAAUCAAGAAUUUCUUCAACUCGACUCCGAGCAGCUCGGCAAAUUAAUAUCCAGUGAUGAUCUCAAUGUUCCCACCGAGGAGGAUGUAGUGCACAGUCUAAAGAUGUGGGUGCAACAUGAUCCUGUCAAUCGGGAGAAACACAUUCCUGAGUUGUUGGCAUUGGUGCGAUUACCGCUGCUGAAACCCUCGUUCAUCAUGGAUCACGUUGAAACGCUUUGCAGCUCGAAUGAAUGCCAACAACUUGUAAUGGAAGCGCUAAAGUGGCACUUAUUGCCUGAACGACGAAAUUUGUUAGCUUUGAUUGCAUCGGAACGAACAAAGCCGCGUAAAUCGACGGUUGGUCGUUUACUCGCUGUGGGCGGAAUGGAUGCACAUAAGGGCGCUAUAAGUAUUGAAAGCUACUGCCCGUACGCCGACAAGUGGUCUGUGUGGAAGAAUAUGCCCGCACGCCGUUUACAAUUCGGUGUAGCUGUGAUGGAUGAUAAGUUAGUGAUAGUGGGCGGCCGCGAUGGUUUAAAAACGCUCAAUACAGUAGAGAGUUUAGACUUAAACACAAUGGCGUGGACAGCGCUGAAUCCUAUGGGUACACAUCGCCACGGCUUAGGUGUAGCCGUGCUGGAAGGCCCACUUUAUGCAGUUGGUGGGCAUGAUGGCUGGAGUUAUUUGUCAACUGUAGAGCGUUGGGAUCCAACCACACGCACUUGGAGCUACGUAGCGUCUAUGUCUUCCAUGCGGUCUACUGCUGGAGUUGCAGUGCUUGGUGGACGUUUGUAUGUCGUUGGCGGGCGAGAUGGUUCCGUAUGUCAUCGUUCAAUCGAAUGCUACGAUCCACACACAAACAAAUGGACUAUGCGCGCACCUAUGAAUAAACGGCGGGGAGGUGUGGGGGUGACCGUUUCAAAUGGAUUUUUAUAUGCGCUGGGUGGGCACGAUUGCCCAGCCAGUAAUCCUUCUGUCUGUCGCACAGAUACAGUUGAGCGUUACGACCCAGCUACGGACUCGUGGACUUUGAUCUGUUCGCUAAAUGCUGGACGCGAUGCCAUUGGCUGCGCAUUGCUGGGCGAUCGCCUAAUGGCUAUUGGCGGUUACGAUGGCAAUCACUACUUGAAGACUGUUGAAGUAUACAACGCUGAGACAAACGAGUGGACACAAGCUGCACCGCUGACAUACAGUCGUGCUGGCGCUUGCGUUGUAGCAAUACCGAAUAUAAUACCACCUACGCCACCACUACCCAAUGCAACAAAGAAAUGGAAACCGGUCAGAUUGAAUCCGAUGUGCUACAGACGCACCGUUGAAUUUGUCGAUUAUUACAACCUUUAAGCAACUAAAUACAACAAAUUUUAAAUUUUUUAUCAUACAUACAUACAUAUUUUUUUACCAUACGAGUAUUUAGAUUUAAGGAUCAACAACAAACAAUUUUUAAUAUUAUAAUGGAUUUUUACUUCGCAUACGCGUAUACAUACACAGCCAUGCCCAUAUAUAGAUGCAUAUGUGUAUUUAUGUAUAAAUAGGAAGUAUGUGUGCUCGAAACCUAAUUUUUGAAUUUACGAACAUGAGUAUUUAUUUCUUUAAUAAAAAAGCACAUUUUGCAUGUACAAAAUUCA